AUGAAACUUUGGGCAUUACUUAUUCUAUCGCUGUUGGUAUCAGUCCAAGGAUAUCCAGCAGAACAAAGAACAUCGGAUAAGCAGUUACCUAACAAUAAUGAAUUACAAAAGAAAGAUAAUAAAGUAAGAGAAACAGCUCGUGAUUGUAAAGCCAAGUCCGCAUCGAGUAUUGCUCAAAAAGCAGCCGCUGAAGCGAAGGCUGCUCAGGCUGCACAAAAUGCUGCAGGAGCGCAAGCAGCUCAUAUGGUUAAAACCCAACUAGCGGAAAAAGCUCUUCAAGCAGCCAAAGCCGCUGAAGCAGCGCUAGCUGGUAAACAAGCUGUCGUAGAACAACUCCAACAAGAGGUGAAGGAGGCGGAGGCCGUCGUUGCUGAGAAUACUGCAGCGGUACAUCAACAGCAAGCAGCUGUGAAUGCUGCCGUACAAGCUGCUCAGCAAGCAACGGCACAGCACAAACUAAUGAUGCAAUCAGUUCAAAUCUCAGCUCAGUUGGAAAAGGCAGCACAUUGUGUAUUAGAUAAAGUUAAAUAUGGCUUGCAAGAAAAAUGCCAUAAUCUUGCCGAAUCUCGGUCAAGAUUGGCUCAUCUUCAACAUAAAUUACAAUGUGCUUGCGCAGAAUGUGCUGCUACAAAGCAAGCAGCUCAUCAAGCAUGUGAAGCUGCAAGAGCAGCUUGUGGCAAUGCAAGGAGGAAACGACGGUUGACACGAAGAAAUUUAAUUGAUAGAAAGCAAGCUAAAGUAAGAGACCAAAAAGUUGUUGGCGAGAGCCAAAGA